AUGAGCGCACUCAUUCAGUUGCGUGAUUCAACAGGUGAAUUCAUACAAGCUCGCGCUUUACUUGACACUUGUGCAACAGCUAAUUUCAUUACUGAAAAUUUGACUAAUAAAUUAAAACUUCCUAUGCAAAAUUGUUCUAUUCCAAUCGGGGCUGUUAAUGGAAUGCAAACCCUUUCAAAACAUGUCGUUCAAAUAAAUUGUAAAUCUUUAAACGAUAAAUUUCAAAGAACAUUGUCAUUUUUAACCGUUGAUGAAAUUGCAGAAUUAAGUCCGAAUGAAAUAUUUCCACGUAAUAAAAUAUGCAUACCUAAAAACAUAAUACUCGCUGAUCCACAAUUUCACAUACCAAGACCUGUAGAUGUCCUUAUCGGUUCAGCGGGGGGAGUCAAUAACGAUGAAAAUGUAUUUCCUGUAACUUGUCAAUUAACUGAUCUAUCGAGUCAAUUAACUAAAUUUUGGAAUAUUGAAGACGUAGGUUCUAAUGAUUCUCGAUCCUUUGAUGAUUCUACGUGUGAGACUUAUUAUCAAAAUACCACUACUCGCGAUACAGACGGUAGAUAUGUAGUAAAAUUACCCUUUCGCGUAGACGAUGUCGAUUUCGGGAAUUCUAAACAACUAGCUUAUAAAAGAUUUCUAUCUUUACAGAGGAGAUUAAAUUCAGAUUCCUCAUUAAAAUCUGAAUACACUAAAGUCAUGAACGAAUACAUCGAUCUUGGCCAUAUGGUACACGUACCGGAUGAUAGUGGACCUGGGUAUUAUAUGCCCCAUCAUCCGAUAAUUAAAACAUCUAGUACUACCACCAAAGUACGCGUUGUAUUUGAUGCUUCAGCUAAAGCCGAUAAAGGUAUCUCAUUGAAUGAAGUUCUACUAACUGGGCCUACUAUACAGGACAAUCUCUUCACUAUUCUUUUGCGUUUUCGCACCUUUGUUUAUGCUAUGACUUCUGACAUCGCUCAAAUCACCUUCGAACUUAAACGAGUUACGUUCGGGGUUUCUGCAGCCCCAUUUUUAGCUAUACGCACCGUAAAUCAACUUGCUCAUGACGAAUCUCAUGAUUUUCCUGUAGCUUCAAAAAUAUUAAAACGAGAUCUUUAUGUCGAUAAUUUAUUAACUGGAUCUAAUUCUUUGACCGAAAUUUUAAAAUUGCGUGAUGAAAUCAUUCAACUGGUGCAAAAGGGUGGAUUUGAACUCAGACAAUGGGCUUCAAAUCAUCGACACGCACUGGAUAAUUUCGAUCAAAAAACUUUAGAUUGA